AAGAAAUAACAGAAGGUCAGCCGAGGGUUCUUGUGUGGGAGGGGGUUAGCGAAGGUCAGACCCACCCACAGCAUCAGCGAAGGUGGAAGAAUUAAGGGUCACCGUCGGUAGACGAGCCCCAAAGUUUGGGAUCGGAGCCAAGGGGUCGGGUCUCCUGGUACCCUAGGAUCUGCCCUGCACACCACCUUUAAGUUUCUCGGUUUGAAUUUGCCCUGCAGAUUCCCAGACGAGGCACUGUCUUUUAAGCGUUCUGAUAGCGCCUAGCCCAGAGCUGACCGUUGAGCCGGUUCUCAAUGACACCUGGGAGCAAAAGUGGCUUUUGAGGUUGGGGACGGAAGGCCACUGGUUUUCUUUAUGUUCGGGUGUGGCCCUGUACCAACUGCUAGCAAAAUUUUCCCAAUCACCCUCUGUCUUCCACCUUCUGCCCAGGUGACAUCGGUAAGCGCCGCAGGACCCGCUAGGGGCUAAGCGGUUAAGCCGCGUCCUUCAGGUGUCAGCCUCGAUCCGUUCGGAAACCACAACCCCCAGAAUUCCUUGUUCAGGGAGGUCAAGCAGCAAAUAAGAUGGCUCCAGAAGGGUGGAACAUGCAGCAGGGUGGAAACCCUAGCUCCUAGCGGUUUCUUUACCGGAUGUGUUUAAAUAACCGAAUCCCCACAGAUGCACCACCCCACUAACCAUCUUCCAGGCCGCGGAGGCCACCGCCGCCGCCUCGCUCGCUCCUCCAGGGGCAUCCUGGGAGUUGUAGUCCAGCCGCUGGGCUGCGCCGAACUACCCUUCCCAUAGUGCCCUGCGGGUCGGGUUACAUGAACGUUCUUUUCCAAAAGUCUCCGCGCAUUGAGACCCCCCCCUUUUCCCCGUUCCCCUUCUCUCAGACGAUUCCUUCCAAUCUGUCGCGACAGAGCAGCGGCUACAGGAGGUCCCCAAGCCCCUGGCCGCGCCGCCCCCAGAGGCACUUCCGGCGGCGGUUCACUUCCUGGUUGGGUGGAUGGAGCCGGGCGGGAGCGCGCGCGGGGGAGGGGCGGCGGGUCAGUCUCCGCCGGGCGCUCCGGGGAUCAGCUGGCUGGCGGGCGGGUGCCGAACGCGGCCCCGGCUCUCGCUGCAGCGCCGCCUCCUCUCGCGUCGCAGGCCGGCCCGGCGGCCGUGACAAUGUUGUGGGGCUGGUAGCUGGGCGCCGGCCGCCGAGCCGUCUCAAGUUUAAACUUACACGAAUCGCUCUCUUGAGGAGGAGGGGACCGCCGCGCGAUUGACACGCAUAUUCCUAUAGGCAUCCUCCCUCUGCCCCCACCCCCACGGCCGGAUUCGGGUGGCUCCUCUCCGCGCUGAAAUCCGAGAAGAAAUCCUUGGAUCUCUUGUUUUCUUUAAAAAAGAAAAGAAAAGAAAAGAAAAAAAAUCUAGAAGCCGUUGGUAUUUUGCUUUACUGCUUCCUAUUCGCAAGAUGAAGAAGUUUUUCGACUCCCGGCGAGAGCAGGGCUGCUCUGGCCUGGGCUCUGGCUCCAGCGGAGGAGGGGGCAGCACCUCGGGCCUGGGCAGUGGCUACAUCGGAAGGGUCUUUGGCAUUGGGCGACAGCAGGUCACUGUGGACGAGGUGUUGGCGGAAGGUGGAUUUGCUAUCGUGUUUCUGGUGAGGACAAGCAAUGGAAUGAAAUGUGCCUUGAAACGCAUGUUUGUCAACAAUGAGCAUGAUCUCCAGGUGUGCAAGAGAGAAAUCCAGAUAAUGAGGGACCUGUCCGGACACAAGAACAUUGUGGGUUACAUUGACUCCAGUAUCAAUAAUGUGAGUAGCGGUGAUGUAUGGGAAGUUCUCAUUCUGAUGGACUUCUGUAGGGGAGGCCAGGUGGUCAACCUGAUGAACCAACGCCUGCAAACAGGUUUUACAGAGAAUGAAGUACUCCAAAUAUUUUGUGACACCUGUGAAGCCGUUGCCCGCCUGCAUCAGUGCAAAACUCCCAUUAUCCACCGUGACCUGAAGGUUGAAAAUAUCCUCUUGCAUGAUCGAGGCCACUACGUCCUGUGUGACUUUGGAAGUGCUACGAACAAAUUCCAGAACCCGCAAACUGAGGGAGUCAAUGCAGUCGAAGAUGAGAUUAAGAAAUACACAACGCUGUCCUAUCGAGCACCAGAAAUGGUCAACCUGUACAGUGGCAAAAUCAUCACUACGAAGGCAGACAUUUGGGCUCUUGGAUGUUUGUUGUAUAAAUUAUGCUACUUCACUUUACCAUUUGGGGAGAGUCAGGUGGCAAUUUGUGAUGGAAACUUCACAAUUCCUGAUAACUCUCGAUAUUCCCAAGACAUGCACUGCCUAAUUAGGUAUAUGUUGGAACCAGACCCUGACAAAAGGCCGGAUAUUUACCAGGUCUCCUACUUCUCAUUUAAACUACUCAAGAAAGAAUGUCCAAUUCCUAAUGUACAGAACUCUCCCAUUCCUGCAAAGCUUCCUGAACCAGUGAAAGCCAGUGAGGCAGCUGCAAAAAAGACCCAGCCAAAGGCCAGACUGACAGAUCCCAUUCCCACCACAGAGACUUCAAUUGCACCCCGCCAGAGGCCUAAGGCUGGGCAGACUCAACCGAACCCAGGAAUCCUUCCCAUCCAGCCAGCCCUGACACCUCGCAAGAGGGCCACGGUUCAGCCCCCACCUCAGGCUGCAGGAUCCAGCAAUCAGCCUGGCCUUUUAGCCAGUGUUCCCCAACCAAAAACUCAGCCCCCACCCAGCCAACCCCUACCACAAUCUCAGCCCAAGCAGCCACAGGCUCUGCCCACCUCCCAGCAGGCGCCUUCCACUCCGGCCCAAGGUCUGCCCACUCAGGCCCAGGCCACACCUCAGCACCAGCAGCAACUCUUUCUCAAGCAGCAACAGCAGCAGCCGCAGCAACAGCCACCGCCGCCACCACAGCAGCCAGCGGGCACGUUUUACCAGCAGCAGGCCCAGGCUCAGCAGUUUCAGGCAGUACACCCAGCAACCCAGCAACCAGUGAUUGCCCAGUUCCCUGUGGUAUCCCAAGGAAGCUCUCAACAGCAGCUGAUACAGAACUUCUACCAGCAGCAGCAGCAGCAGCAGCAACAGCAGCUGGCCACAACCCUGCAUCAACAACAGCUGCUGACUCAGCAGGCUGCCUUGCAGCAGAAGACCGCUGUGGCAGCAGUACAGCAGCCCCAGGCACAGCAGGCCACAGCCCCGCAACCACCCCCUGCCCAGGAGCCAGCACAGAUUCAAGCCCCGGUGAGACAACAGCCAAAGGUUCAGACAACCCCACCUCCUGCCAUCCAGGGGCAGAAACUCGGAUCUCUCACUCCCCCGUCAUCCCCCAAGACCCAGCGUGCUGGGCACAGGCGGAUUCUCAGUGACGUAACCCACAGUGCAGUCUUUGGAGUCCCUGCCAGCAAAUCAACCCAGCUGCUCCAGGCAGCUGCAGCUGAGGCCAGUCUCAAUAAGUCCAAGGGUGGGAACCUUUCUAGGUCUGCAACCACCACCCCAUCAGGCUCUCCUCGGACCUCCCAGCAAAACGUUUAUAAUCCUUCAGAAGGUUCUACAUGGAAUCCCUUCGAUGAUGACAAUUUUUCCAAACUGACAGCUGAAGAACUACUAAACAAGGACUUUGCCAAGCUGGGGGAAGGCAAACAUCCUGAGAAGCUUGGAGGCUCAGCUGAGAGUUUGAUCCCAGGCUUUCAACCAACCCAAGGCGAUGCUUUUACCACUGCCUCAUUUCCUGCUGGAAUCGCUGAAAAAAGGAAGGGUGGGCAGACUGUGGAUUCUAGCCUCCCACUUCUAAGCGUAUCUGAUCCUUUCAUUCCUCUUCAAGUACCUGAUGCACCAGAAAAACUAAUUGAGGGACUCAAAUCUCCUGACACUUCUCUUCUGCUCCCUGACCUCUUGCCUAUGACAGAUCCUUUUGGUAGCACUUCCGAUGCUGUAAUUGAAAAAGCUGAUGUUGCUGUUGAGAGUCUCAUACCAGGACUGGAGCCCCCGGUGCCCCAGCGCCUCCCAUCUCAGACGGAAUCUGUGACCUCGAACCGCACAGAUUCUCUCACUGGGGAAGAUUCCUUGAUUGAUUGCUCUCUGCUUUCUAACCCUACUACUGACCUUCUGGAAGAGUUUGCCCCCAUAGCCAUCUCUGCUCCAGCCCAUAAAGCUGCAGAAGAUAGUAAUCUCAUCUCAGGUUUUGAUGUCCCUGAGGGCUCGGACAAGGUGGCAGAAGACGAGUUUGACCCUAUUCCUGUAUUGAUAACCAAAAACCCACAAGGUCUCCAGAGAGAGCCCAAUCCUUGUCCUGUAAUAACUGUAGAGCACUUUAAAGCAUCAACGGGUGUUAAAGGCCUUCCCCUGUAUCCAGACCCCUCCAGAGCACCUGGCACGAAAACUCAGAACAGUUUAGAAUCUGACUACUUGGCCCGAGAUGGCCCUUCAAGCAACAGCUCAUUCCACAGCAGUGAAGAGGAAGGGACUGACCUUGAGGGGGACAUGCUAGACUGCAGUGGGUCUCGACCUCUCCUCAUGGAGUCUGAAGACGAGGAUGAGAGCUGCAAACCUCCACAGGAGAAGCUGGGAGGAGCCAUUCCGUUCGCUCAGCCAGAAAUCUCUACUGAGAAAGCAAAGGCAGUGCAAGGUGGAAGAAAGAACCAGUUCCAAACUGUCACACAACCAACUGCUGAUGGUCUCGGUGAGCCAGAUGUUUUUGCCACAGCCCCUUUCAGGAGCUCAAGGGUUCCGACUGAUGACAUGGACAUUUUCUCCAAAGCCCCAUUUGUCUCCAAGGGCAGUGUGGCUCCUCCUCAGCCAGAGGAGGCAGACGUGUUCUUGAGAGCUCCUUUUACCAAGAAGAAAAGCAUGGAGGAGUUAACAGUUGCCCAGAGCACCUCCCAGGAGCUGCCUGCGCAGGCCAGUCUCCUCAGUCAGAUAGAUGAUGUCCCUCUGCUCUCUGGCCUUGAUCGAGCAGUGUAUGCCUCUGUCCGAGCUCAGUAUUCCGUGACUGGUUUUGUCCAACAAUCUAACCUCCCCUCCCAUUCUGUACAAGCAGCAGACCAUCUUGACAGCACCUCUCCCAGGGGAUCCUCCCUGGAAUCUGGGGGCCAUCCUAAUGACAGAAACAAAGGACUUCAGCCCCAGAAAGAAGCUGUUACGGGCCCCGUGGCUGGCAAACCAUUCCGCCCCCAGUCUUUAUCCAAAUAUUCCCGUCACUAUAGCCCAGAAGAUGAGCCAAGUCCAGAAGCCCAGCCCAUCGCUGCCUACAAAAUUGUUUCACAAACCAACAAGCAGUCGAUAGCUGGCUCUGUUUCCAUCACAUCCCUCUCCUCCAGGACUAUGGAGCUGCCGGCUGCUGAUCCUUUUGCUUUAGCACCCUUUCCUUCAAAAUCAGGCAAGCAGAAACCUUAGGAGCGAUACCUGAGCCUUAGGCCUCUGUCUCUACUCCACCCUCGGUACCCACCACAUCGCUCCCAGCUGAGCCUUCCUAAGAAGAAAUAUAUCAGUUAUUAUCUUUCAGUUCCGUGGAUCAGAGUAGAACUUCUUCAGUCAACAAACUCAGUUGCAGUGAGACUUAGUUGAAACCCCUUUAAGUUAUGCUCAUUUCUUUUGUUUAUAUUGAUUUCUAGACUUUCGGGCAUUUCCAUCUCUAUCUCCACUCAGAACUCUGCUGUUUUUUUGUUUGCCCAGAAACUGUUUAAAUCCAGAAAUACUUCACCCCAACCCCAAAGGAGCCAUGUUACUGCUAGUUUAUUCCUGCAGUUCCUGUUCUGAGUCAUGUCCAUCGAGGAAUUAAGAUUAGUCCCUCCAGGACUUGCAAAGGGGAUAUUUCUGGAAAGAAAUGCAAGAUAAAACUCCUGCACAUCAAGAGGAAGUGUAAUCCUGCAGAUACUAAUCAUUCCUAUAAAACCAGCAGCUCUAGAAGGAUUCUCCAGAUCUGUCUCUGAGUCUGUGCAAGCCAGGCUGGCCCUCAUGCAUGAGAGUGUCUGCGGGCGUGUCACAUCCUUUCCUAUGUGAAAAUGCAAACAGAUGAGAUAUCUGUGCUCAUGUCUAACAGUGUUGAGCCUUCCCCACAUCCACACUUUUAAAAUUAGUAUGAGUGCACAGGUGUGUGUGUGCAUGUGUGUGUGCACAGGAAGCAUUUUUCUUUAGGUAAAUCCUGUCCCAUCAUGCCUACCUCCAAAAUCACUCAGUGACUGGUGUUUGUCUCCUGACAUAGCUGACUUGAGCCCUGUUUUUAUUUAGUUCUUUUCUCGUGGCAAGAUUGAAUUCACUGGAAGGUGCGGGAAAAUCCUGCUGGAACUGAGGUUUCAGAGUAGAUUUUUUUUCCUCCAGAAUUUACUGUUUGCUAUUAACAAAUUCCGUUUACAUGAUCUUGAAAAAUUAAUUAUCCUUAUACAUUUUCCCCUGAGAACAAUGGAAAAGAGCACCUUGUUACAGUUCCAACCUCUGGGUAUGUGGUCUUAGUAAUUUUUAAAAGAACUUAAAAACCUUAGUUCUGAGCACUCCAUACUGUCAUUAUGGAAUUAAUUAAUCAUGAGACUGGGCUACUAGAUUAGUUUGCUUGUUUGUUUUUUCCAAAUCCUUGCCAUCUUUCUCUACUGCCUCUUGAGGAAAUAUAAAUCUGAGACAUGUAAAUAAGUUUGUCUGGGAGAAUGGAAAAGAGCUGAAUCAGCUAGCCAUGAAAACCUUUCAAUUCUCUGUCCUCUUUAGAUGUUGAAGUAGGCCAGAUAGGUGACUGACUUGUGUUUUUGAAAUGUCUUCUGUCUCUGGAAAGAUCUGACUCAUUCCUGGCUAUUUUCAUCCCUUUAUUAUUAGUGCCUUAAAAUGAAACUUACGUCUCAAUGUGACAAUUUCUGCUGAGGAAGUUCAACUUAAUGGAAAGAGUUGCUGCACCAUGUUUCAACUUGAAAGCUUCCUGGACUGUAGUAAACGUUAGUGAUUUCUCCAUUAGCUGGAGAAGUUGGGAGAGUUGCCUACCAAACCAGAUUAAUGAUUUAAGAAUUAUUGGAAAUUCAUCCAAGAAUCAAGCCUGAAUGCCAGACUCUACUGCAGUUGAGUAGGUGUCAUACUCUUUAAGAAGUUCAGAGAUCUUGGCAGUAAAAUAUGAACAGCUACUUUUCAAGACUUUUUCUAGUUUAGUCUCCACCUAUUUAAAAUGUCCAGGUUAAAAGAUAAACUUAAAUAAUUGGCACUGGAUCAGGGCUACCAGCAAUGGUUUUCCAACUGAGGUUUCAACUGUGCCAGUCUUUCACUAUGGUGGACGCUAAAUGUUUAUUCUAAGAGUUUGCUUUUCUCCCAAGGGUCAUUUCUGAUUGUUCUGUGUAACAAUGGAUGUAAAAUCAUCUUUCAAGUUGUAUGAAUAGUUUUGGCUAAUGCAUAUGGAACUUUGCACACCAAACUCUUCCCCUGGCCGUUAUCAAUUAAAGCCAUCAAAGGCAGGAACUAAGAGGAUAGGAAUAUUCAGGGAGAGUUCUCACCCCAAGUCAAAAACUCUCAAAAAGUGGAAGGUCAUUCUAAUUCAUUUUUCCAAUAUUCAGGAUUACUUUUAUAACAGCCCUGCAAAAUAUCUUUCCUUCGAUUACUUGAUCACUCCUUCCUAAACAAGUAGCCACCAUUUUAGUUCUUAAGGUAAAAUCAAUAAAAUCAUGGUGAUUUUAUUAUAUAGUUGAAUCAUUUGUCAAGCAUGGGCUUGUAACCCUUUUUUAUUCUGACUGGAGACCUAUGAUGAGUGGAGACUUGAAGUACCUUCUUUGAAUAGGAAAUAAAUAUAAAUACAUGCAAAGUACUUUUGUAUUAUUCUUACUGAGUGAUGCAUGAAAAUUUUUUGACUUGGAUUACAUUAAUUAUUAGCUAAUAACUAGUGAAUUCCACACUGAUCUUCUUUGGAUCAUAUAGGGUAAAUGUAUCAUCUAACGAUAAAAUGUUCUUGCCAGAAGCCAUCCUGAAUCUGGAAAUCUGGAAAAUUUAGUUUUAAGCGAAUCAGGAGUGCUCAGAGUGCUUUGAAUUAGUAGCAAAUGCAUGUUUCCAACAACUAUACUGCAACAAGUUAACACUAAAG